GACCUCAGUAUAAAGCGGGAGCUGGGGGGUGAGCGUCUUUUCGGAGCCCCUAAACCGGGAUGCCUCUCCCCGCUGCACUGCUGCAGGCGCUGCUCCUGGGCUUGCUAUGGCCAGGAGCCGUCCGCGGCCGGUCGCUCCCGAGUCAUCUCCCCGCCGGGCCCCGCCAGCGCCGUUGGGACGCUGCUCUCUUCGCUCGCUCCGUCGCUCGUCUCCCGGCCGAGCGCCGCGACGCCGCCCGCGACGGCGACUACCUCUUGGGUAUCAAACGUUUGCGGCGCCUCUACUGCAACGUGGGCAUCGGUUUUCACAUCCAGGUCCUGCCCGACGGCCGUAUCGACGGGAUCCACAGCGAGAAUCGAUACAGUUUGCUGGAAAUCUCCCCCGUGGAAAGAGGAGUGGUGAGCAUAUUUGGUGUUAGAAGUGGACUCUUCGUGGCCAUGAAUAGCAAAGGGAAACUCUAUGGGUCUACCCAUUUCAAUGACGAGUGCAAAUUCAAAGAGAUUCUCCUGCCAAACAACUACAAUGCUUAUGAAUCCAGGAUUUAUCCCGGGAUGUAUAUAGCCCUGAGCAAAAAUGGAAGAACAAAGAAAGGCAAUAAAGUAUCUCCCACAAUGACAGUGACACAUUUUCUACCCAGAAUCUGA